AUGUUGUCGGCGGUGAUAGGGGUUUUUUUGUUGGGCACGGCAACUAUGUUGUUAGGUACAGUAUGCUGUUGUGUUGUUGACGGUGAUAGGGUGGGCGUGGAUCUGGUAGCUGCGACGGGGUGGAGGUGGUGUCGAUGGUGCUGUGUGGAUUUGCUGUGGCUGUGGCUGUGGACAGAUUUGCUGUGGGCGUGGCUGAUGGGUUUUAAAGGAGAGCCCAAUAUCUCUUAUAUCUACUCUAGGUAUUAUAAAGUACCUGAGCUUAUUUUUGGAGCGACAGAGUACACUACAGCCAUUGACAUUUGGUCCAUUGGCUGUGUGCUCGCUGAGCUAAUUCUGGGACAGCCUUUGUUUCCUGGCGAGAGUGGAGUAGACCAGCUUGUUGAGAUUAUUAAGGUUUUGGGUACACCAACAAGGGAAGAAAUAAAAUGCAUGAAUCCUAACUAUACUGAGUUCAAAUUCCCACAAAUCAAAGCUCAUCCGUGGCACAAGAUAUUCCAUAAAUGCAUGCCUCCUGAAGCUAUUGAUCUUGUUUCGAGACUGCUGCAGUACUCUCCUAAUUUACGUUGCACAGCUGUAUUCUUCUUUUUUCUUUCACAGAAUUCUGUCUAUGCCCUUUAUUUCAGCAAGUUUUUUGUUGUCUUGCUCCACCACUGA